AUGUCGUCAUACACAUCCGCAAUUGCAUCGCUGCGAGGUGUCUCGAGUAGCGGUGCUGCAUCCAGAGUAUUGAUGUGUGGCGAGCCUUGUAGAUCGGUGUGUGGCGAUUCUUGCAUGGUACACCCCCUUUCGGACCGUAUUGCAUCCAGCUCCGCUUCGAGGUCUGUGGCGAUCGCAUUGAUGUUGCACAUCAUCGGCUUGAGUGUACACUACAAUUGCGAGGCUCGCACACUGUCAAUAGAUCAAAAUGGAUACAUUGAAGGUGUCUUGACAAAGUUUGGAAUGAGCAAGGCUUGGACAGCUUUGACACCAGCAAUGGAGACUAUCAACACACUCGGCCCACAGGAAGCUGAUGUCACCAGUGCCAAAGAGGUACAUCACUUUGCAUUGCUGGUGGGAUCACUACUGUGGAUUGCACAAGGCAGUAGGCCCAACAUUGCCUUUGCCAUUGGACAUUGCACAUGA